UAAAUCGGAAGAUUUAGAUGCAGUGUGUCUUCAAGUGAAAUAUGUAUCAAUCUCCCCCAAGCUCUUAUCCUAUCCAUGUAUAUAUAUCUCCACAACCCUUCUCUUCAUUCACAAACAUGGAGUCCUCUUUCUCGUUCCCAGCCGCUGCCCUCGCCGGCACGGUCUUUGCCUUCGCAAUCUUUUUCUAUUGCUUUGCCUCCCUACUGAUAAGAACACAAAAUAACAGAGGAAGCAUUGACGGCCGCAAAGAAGCCUCCUUGCCUGAAGCCGGCGGCGCGUGGCCUUUGAUUGGCCAUCUCCAUCUCUUAGGAGGCCCGGUGCCACCCCAUAUAGUCCUAGCAAACAUGGCUGACAAGUACGGGCCAAUCUUCACCGUCAAGAUGGGUAUUUAUCGAGCGUUGAUAGUUAGUAAUUGGGAGAUAGCCAAGCAGUGCCUUACCGUGAACGACAGAGUCUUUGCGACUCGACCCAAGUCUGUUAGCUCCGAGGUCAUGGCCUACAACUAUGCCAUGUUUGGUCUUGCUCCCUACGGCCCUUAUUGGCGCCAUGUGCGUAAGAUUGCCAUUCUGGAUCUCCUCUCUAACCACCGGUUGGAAUUGCUCAAGCACCUUAGGGAAUCAGAGGUCCAAGCAUCAAUAAACCACAUAUAUAAGCGAUGUGUGGAAAACUACAGUGGCGCACCAAAGAAGGUGUUGGUGGACAUGAAGCGAUGGUUUGGUGACAUAACUCUAAAUGUGGUGUUUAGGAUGAUAGUUGGGAAACGAUAUGAGGACGAACGAGACGAGAAGGGUCGACAGGCUUUUAGGGACUUCUUUGAUUUAGCGGGGAGGUUCGUAGUGUCCGACGCGUUCCCGGUUUUAAGGUGGUUGGAUUUGGACGGGUACGAGAAGAUGAUGAAGAAGACGGCCCAAGAGCUAGACCGUGUGGUUCAAGGAUGGCUAAAUGAGCACAAAAGCAGAAGAAACACUAAAAAGGGACAUGGUAGUAACAAGGACAAUGACCAAGAUUUCAUGGACGUGUUGCUCUCCAGUGUAUAUGCUACCGAAGAACUUCCUGAUUACGAUGCCGAUACCUUCAUUAAAGCAACAUGCAUGGCACUCGUUUUAGCUGGUUCAGACACUACCACAGUUUCUCUGACAUGGGCCUUGUCUUUGUUACUCAACCAUCGUGAAGUCCUAAAGAAGGCCCAACAUGAACUUGAUACUCAUAUCGGCAGAGAAAAGCCGGUCAAAGAAUCGGACCUCAAGAAUUUGGUCUACAUCCAAGCCAUCAUCAAGGAAACCCUGCGUUUAUACCCGGCAGGUCCACUUGGCGUCCCGCAUGAGUCCAUGGACGACUGCACCGUGGAUGGCUAUCACGUCCCAAGGGGCACUCGUCUCCUCUUUAACUUAUGGAAGAUCCAUCGAGACCCACGCAUAUGGUCAGACCCUCUCGAAUUCCGGCCGGAGAGAUUCUUGACCACCCACAAAGAUUUCGACAUCCGAGGUCAGAAUUUCGAGCUGAUACCAUUCGGGAGCGGCCGGAGAAUGUGCCCCGGAAUCAAUUUAGCCAUGCAAAUGAUGUCGCUGUCCCUUGCCGCUCUUUUGCAAGGGUUCGACAUUACGACAUCGGCAGAUGAACCGGUCGACAUGGCCGAGGCGAUCGGAAUGACAAAUCUCAAAGCCACCCCACUCGAAGUCCUUGCAACUCCACGCCUUCCCGAGCACGCAUACCAGUGACUCUCCUCUAGAAAUGAUGAAAUGCUCACGCUCUGCAUCAGAAGCGCCUCUCUAGCUUGUUCCCACUUAGGUGGUGGACCAUGUUUCUAAAAAUAAAUUGAAGUCAGUACUGAUGUAUUGAUAAUUUGUUAAUCGAUAGUUACACUAUGGAGCAUGUUUGAUCGGCGA